UUGGCCGAGGAGUUGCAGCGCGUAUGAUUGGUGUCAGAUUCUCCGGUUAAUUUCGUAAAAAAAAUUCUGCAUUGAUAUUUUUUCCGCCGCCGCGCGAGGAAGCAUUCGGAGCUUCGAGGGCGCUCCGUGUUGUCAAAUCCCGGAAUAAUCGCUGAAUAAACGACUCCUGUGCUGCGGCUGUCAUCUCGCGGCAGAGCGGUAGCGACCUUCAAUUCGCAGAGAAGACCAGCAUAAACAAAGACUGGUUUCUGGGCUGCUCCUUCCGUGUUUGUUUUGGUUCUAUUCGCCACCGACGACAGCAACGACGAUGGGACCGUCGCUGCGCGCGCUCCUGCUUUUCUCCCUGUCCACUCUCACCGCCGCUGUGGAUUUCCAGCUGGGAGCGAAAGCCUCGGGACGGUCGUUCGUGAAGCGUCCACUCGUUGAACAGAAAGCCGCGAGCAUCGUAAAGCGGUCCCUGCCGGCAUGGCUGUCUCCGUCACCCGACCACAGGAUCCGACGGAGGAGCGUCGAGCUGGGCGAAAACUGCAGAGCUCUUCAAGGAUACGACACCAAGUUAGCAGACAACACCCACCGUCAUAUCUUCAAUGACCUGAGUGGGUCGGUGUCGCUGGCCUGGGUUGGGGACGGCACAGGGGUCAUCCUGGCGUUGACGACUUUUCAGGUGCCCUUCUUCAUGUUAAGGCUCGGGCAGUCUAAACUCUAUCGAAGUGAGAACUAUGGGAAGUCAUUCGAGGAUGUGACCAGUUUCAUCAACAACACCUUCAUCAGAUCAGAGUUUGGCAUCGCAAUCGGGAACUCCGGGAAAGUGAUCCUGACAGGAGAAGUGUCCGGAGGUUACGGCUCUCGGAUCUUUGUCUCUCAUGACUUCGGAAAGAGUUUCACCCCCCGGGACUUGGCCUUCGUCCCCAUGACGCAGAUCACAUACAGCCCUGAUGAUUCCAAUGGGCUGCUAGCCCUCAGCAGCAGCAAUGAACUGUGGCUGUCGGAGGAUUUUGGCAACAACUGGAAAAAGAUUCACGACAUGGUGUGUCUUGUGAAAUGGGGAAGAAAAAAUACCAUCUUCUUUACAGCCAAUUACAAUGGAUCCUGCAACGAUCGGGGAAUGCUGGAACUGAAAAGGACGACCGACUACGGUAAAAACAUCAAGACCGUCGCCAGUAAAAUCUACUCUUUUGGCCAGGGUGGACGCUUCCUGUUUGCUUCGGUUAUGACAGGCAAGGGCACUCUGAGGAUGAUCCACGUGUCGGUGGACCAGGGCGAGACGUGGAACAUGGCCCAGCUGCCUCCUGUUGGUCACGAGCAGUUCUACUCCAUCCUGGCAGCCAACGAGGAGAUGGUCUUCAUGCAUGUGGACGAGCCAGGAGAUACAGGAUUCGGCACCAUCUAUGUGUCAGAUGACCGGGGCACAGUGUACUCUAAGUCACUGGAGCGCCACCUGUACACCACCACGGGGGGCGAUACAGACUUCACCAACGCCACCUCCAUGCGAGGAGUUUUCCUCACCAGUGUUCUGGCCGAAGAUAACUCUGUGCAUUCUGUGGUGUCCUUUGAUCAGGGAGGAGAGUGGGUUCCCCUGCGGAAACCAGCCUACAGCAAGUGCGAUGCUACAGCCAGAGACCCAGACGAGUGCAGUCUCCACAUCCAUGCAGCUUACAGCAUUGCUAUGAAGCUGAACGUCCCCAUGCUGCCUCUCACUGAACCGAACGCUGUGGGUCUCAUCUUGGCUCAUGGGAGUGUUGGUGAUUCGAUGUCAAUGAUGAAGCCCGAUGUUUAUGUGUCUGAUGAUGGGGGGUACACCUGGAUUAAGGCCCUGGUUGGGCCACAUCACUAUGCUAUCCUGGACUCUGGAGGGCUGAUUGUUGCCGUGGAGCACAGCCCGAAUCAACCGAUCAACAAGAUCAAAUUUUCUACUGAUGAAGGACAGUGCUGGGGUGUUUACAACUUCACCGUAGACCCCAUCUACUUUACUGGGCUGGCGUCGGAGCCGGGAGCUCGCUCCAUGAACGUCAGCGUGUGGGGCUACAGAGACUCCCUCCUCAGCCAGCACUGGAUCUCCACCACCAUCGACUUCAAAGAGCUUCUUACCAGAGACUGUGGCGACAAGGAUUAUGUACAGUGGUUGGCCCACUCAGAUGACAUCAGUGACCCCGACGAUGGUUGCAUGCUGGGGUACAAGGAGAAGUUCUUGCGUCUCAGGAAGGACUCUGUUUGCUGGAAUGGACGCGAUUACCAGGUCAACACCGAGCCAACCCCGUGUCAGUGCACCCUGGAUGACUUCCUGUGUGACUUUGGAUACUACCGUCAGGAGAACAGCUCAGAGUGUGUGGAGCAGCCAGACCUGAAAGGCAAAGUGCUCGAGUUCUGUCUGCACGGCAAAGAGGAGAAGCUGCAGACCAAUGGCUACAGGAAAAUCCCUGGAGAUAAAUGUGAGGGAGGAAAUAUGGAGGAGCGCAAAGAGAUCGACCUCAGCGUGAGGUGUGUGAGUGAUCUGGUGGCCCCUGAACUCCUGAUUGACAGUCGCUCUUCCAACUCUGCAGCCAUCGUGACAACGGUCAUCAUUGUCAUGCUGCUGAGCGUUGCAGCAGGAGUUGUCCUCAUCAAGAAGUACGUCUGUGGUGGCAGGUUCUUGGUUCACAGGUACUCGGUGCUGCAGCAGCAUGUUGAAGAUAAUGCUGCUGAUGGGAUGGACGACCCUCUGGAGACCAACCACACUCAACAUGGCAAGAUAGAGUUUCACGACGACUCGGAUGAGGACCUGCUCGAAUAGCAGGCACAACCUGUUGUGCAACUGAGCUGCAGGUUUCCAUGUCACUCCGAGGCCGGACACUGCUCCUGUCGCUCUUUUGUCACCAGCUACUCUUCUUUUCACCUUCUAUUAUGACUUUGACCCAUCAGACAAAGAGUCUGGUGUGCCAAAAUAUAAGAUGACACUCUGCGCUCAUCUGUGAGAUUUAAUGAAUGUACGGAGGCUUCCUGGGACUAACGCCACAGAGGAAAGUGGUGUUGUAGUGGUUGUGCUUCAGUUAUUGAUUAUGUUUGGGAUAUUUAUUCUAAAGUACAAACAUGUGUGCAGUAAUUUGAACUGCUCACAUUACAAGAGUAAUGGGGUUAAAAGCAGAGGUAGUUAUAUAAAUCCAUCACCAUUGCAUUGAGGGUCCUGGCUGCCAUCACCUGGGAGCGUUCAUGAAAUACUGCUCACUUCUGUCGGAGAUUUUCCUCAUGCAAUUGUACAUAAACCGUUUUUUCUUUGCCAUUUUUGACGUGGUGUGACUUUUGUAGGUUUAAAAAGGGUUGCUGUUGGUUAAUAACUCCCCAAACCAUUUGAGUCUUAAUGCCUACUUUUAAUAAAGUAUUUGUUUGUCAGAAAGUUUACCCCAUACAGCCCAAAGUAUGUAAAGGGUUUUCAGGUCCCUCCUCUGGGCACUGAUUUGUAAAAUCCCUUGUUGUCGUUUGUAUUUGGAAAACAAGCCAGCUUACUGUUACUGCAUGGAAUUUAGAGCCACAGUUGAAGUAAUAAGAUGUACGUGGAAAUUUCCAUGCGCAUUGGUUUUGAUAGCAAUAACAAUGUUUGGAUUUAGUAAAUUGUCAACACAAGUUAAGUAAUCGUAAUGGCACAUUUGAUGAAUGGGGGUGUCAUAGUGAUGAACACAUUACACAAUGCAUAGGAGGGCAAAGUGUGUCUGCUUAAAGACAGGAUUUAAUCUGUGUAAAUCUGCGGUUCUAACUGCCCAAAGCACAAGGUCCUUUCCUAAAUGUGACCUAAUGAUUUAUGUGAUAAGACUGUAACGAUCACUUUAGUGAUUACCAAGUUGAGUUUAAAGUCAUUUGAGCAGUUUUUGUACUAACAAGAUUUUGAAAUUGUUUAACAAAUUAUUAUUGUUGGAUAGUAUAAAACUGCAGAUAUUUUUACACCCGAUUCAACUUAAUACAUCAAUAUGAUUUAGGAACAGAAGCAUAGGAGCAAUAAAUUUAAUUAUGUAAAUGUUGUACAGCAUAAAGUGUAGCCUUUUAGAGCUAACAGUUUUUAAUUGAUAUUUGAACCUGAGGCAUAGCAAAUUUCCACAAAAAACAGGGUUGUUUCAAUGUUUUGCAUUUAGGUCAACUGCUGUUUUUGUCUUUUUAUCAUCUUAAUACUGCUGUUUUUUUCCCCAAACCUCUUUUACAAUUGUCUGUCUUGUGUUAAAUACGUUGCUUUCAUGCAGGAUUGAUUUCUCUUGUUGAUUGAGAGUACAGUAAAUUGGAUGUGGUUAUACAAGUGCCUGUUGUGAGGAUGUGAUGUGAGGCCGUGCCCAAUUUGUGGCUAGCAUCACUCUAUGAUUCAUAUCAAGUGUAACCAAUUCCAUCCAAAAUGUCACAGAUGCCCUCAAUUUGCACUUGUUGCCUAAAUUGAAUCCUUGAGCAGUGAUGUUUCAUACAAACUCCCAUUGAACUGCAUGUUAACUUACUGUUUAAAUCCAGACCUUGGUCAAGAAAAAUAAGCUCACAGUAACCUGAAUAUUCUCUUCGAUGUCUUGGUACAAUGCAUCAGUUUGACAAGUGAUAUUAAAAACCAUAGUGGAUACACGCUUAUUAUGUAGUAAUUAUACACUGGGAGACACUUGCAAGGUACAUAUAAUGGUUUAUUGCAUUAAGUGAAAGUAACAUUUUUCUUACGGUUUAAAAUUGCUGUAUAAAUGUGAUGGCUCUGUAAAUAUACAAAAGGUACAGCUUUGUUUCUGUUCUGUAUAUUUGAGGCAAUUUUCUUUGGGUUUGGCAAUAAAUUCAUACGUUCCUCUUUU